ACAGGGAAGUGGGGGGAGACACAGUCCCUUCUCCCCUGGCAGAAGGGGCCUUUGCCCCACCCCCUCAAUGCCUUCUAUGGCCCUUUCCGUGCCCUCCCCCUCCCCAGGCGUGGAAGAAUGCUGGCCUGCUACCGACCCCCAGGGAACGAGACGCUCCUGAGCUGGAAGGCCUCAAGGGUCACGGGCACGGCCUUCCUGCUGCUGGCGGCGCUGCUGGGGCUACCCGGCAACGGCUUCGUCGUGUGGAGCUUGGCGGGCUGGCGGCCCGCACGGGGGCGACCGUUGGCGGCCACGCUCGUGCUGCACCUGGCGCUAGCCGACGGCGCGGUGCUGCUGCUCACGCCUCUCUUCGUGGCCUUCCUGGCCGGCCAGGCGUGGCCGCUGGGCCAGGCGGGCUGCAAGGCCGUGUACUACGCGUGCGCACUCAGCAUGUACGCCAGCGUGCUGCUCACCAGCCUGCUCAGCCUGCAGCGCUGCCUGGCCGUCACCCGGCCGUUCCUGGCGCCCCGGCUGCGCAGCCCGGCCCUGGCCCGCCGCCUGCUCCUGGCCGUCUGGCUGGCCGCGCUGCUGCUCGCCGCGCCGGCCGCCGUCUACCGCCACCUGUGGGGAGACCGCGUGUGCCAGCUGUGCCACCCGUCGCCGGCCCAUGCCGCCGCUCACCUGAGCCUGGAGACGCUCACAGCCUUCGUGCUCCCCUUCGGGCUGGUGCUCGGUUGCUACGGCCUGACGCUGGCGCGGCUGCGGGGCGCCCGCUGGGGCGGUGGGCGGCAUGGGACUCGGGUGGGCCGGCUGGUCGGCGCCAUCGUGCUCGCCUUCGGCUUGCUCUGGGCCCCCUACCACGCCGUCAACCUCCUGCAGGUCGCGGCCGCGCUGGCUCCGCCCGGAGGGGCCCUUGCGAGGCUGGGCGGGGCGGGCCAGGCUGCGCGAGCCGGGACUACUGCUCUGGCCUUCUUCAGCUCCAGCAUCAACCCUGUGCUCUACGUCUUCACCGCCGGGGAUCUGCUGCCCCGGGCUGGCCCCCGCUUCCUCACGCGGCUCUUUGAGGGCUCGGGAGAGGCUCGAGGGGGCGGCCGCUCUAGGGAAGGGACCAUGGAGCUCCGAGCUACGCCUCGGCUCAAAGUGGUGGGGCAGGGCCGGGGCGAUGGAGACCCCGGGGGCGGAGUGGAGAGGGACAGUCAGGGAUGGGAUCCUUGACACCAACGCCUACGACCUGGCCUGCCUCUUCCCUGUCCCCUUCCAUCGCCCCUCCCCCAGAACUCAGGGAACCACUCUGGAGGGUUUGGGGACCCUUCUCUGGCCACAGUUUGGAUCUUUCUGGACAGGCCUAGCUCCCUCCAAACGGAGUGACUGCAAGGAGUGAUGGUGUUGCGUGCUUGCAGGUUGUCCUGGGCCCCUGUUGGAGAG